AAAAGCCAAAGAGGGCCCUGGGCUCUCCUGCUCUGACACAGAAGCUGCUGGACCCACGUUCUGUGGAAGUUCUGUGGUCUGGGGGACACAAAGCUGGGCAGAUUUUCUCCCCCCUCCCUUCUGUGCUCACCUUCACCACGUCAGACCCCAGGAGCAAUGUAAGAGGGUGCAGCUCUGGGAAUCCACCUUUCUUGGCAGAAGUUCUGUGGACACCCUCUAGAGCUGAGCAGGGAGCUGGGACCACGCCGGGGCCGAGGGGCUGAUGAGUUCACACACUGCGUGCUGAGACCUCACAGAGAACGGCAGCAGCAGAGGGAAUGUUCAACUACCUCCGGCAACGCUUCACCAGUCACCUCCGGGAGCGCAGCCGGCGCAGGGCCAGGCUGGUCUCCAAGGAUGGGAGGUGUAACAUAGAGUUUGGCAAUGUGGAACAGUCCAGGUUUGUCUUUUUGAUUGAUAUAUGGACCACCAUCCUGGACCUCAGGUGGAGAUACAAAAUGACUAUCUUCAUUUCAGCCUUCUUGGGCAGCUGGUUUCUGUUCGGGCUGCUCUGGUACAUGGUGGCCUACAUCCACAAAGACCUGCCCGAGUUCAACCCCUCCAUCAAUCACACCCCCUGUGUGGAGAACAUCAACGGCCUCACCUCGGCUUUCCUGUUCUCCCUGGAGACCCAGGUGACCAUUGGCUAUGGCUUCAGGUGUGUCACAGAGCAAUGUGCCACUGCCAUCUUCCUGCUCAUCUUCCAGUCCAUCCUGGGGGUGAUCAUCAACUCCUUCAUGUGUGGGGCCAUCCUGGCCAAGAUCUCCAGGUCCAAGAACAGGGCCAAGACCAUCACCUUCAGCAAGAACGCCGUCAUCAGCAAGCGCGGGGGGAAGCUCUGCCUCCUCAUCCGGGUGGCAAACCUCAGGAAGAGCCUCCUGAUUGGGAGCCACAUCUAUGGGAAGCUCCUCAAGACCACCAUCACCCCGGAAGGAGAGACAAUCAUUUUGGACCAAGUCAACAUAGAGUUUGUAGUCGAUGCUGGCAACGAGAAUCUCUUCUUCAUCUCCCCACUCACCAUUUAUCACAUCAUAGACAAGAACAGCCCCUUCUUCCACAUGGCAGCAGAGACCAUCCUGCAGCAGGAUUUUGAGCUGGUGGUGUUUUUAGAUGGCACUGUGGAAGCCACCAGUGCCACCUGCCAGGUGAGGACGUCCUACAUCCCAGAGGAGGUGCUCUGGGGCUACCGCUUCGCUCCCAUCGUGUCCAAGACCAAAGAAGGGAAAUACAGAGUUGACUUCCAGAACUUCAGCAAGACAGUGGCUGUGGAGACCCCCCACUGUGCCUUCUGCCUCUACAACGAGAAAGAAGCUAAAGCCAAAGAGAAGAAAGGUUAUGACAAUCCUGGGUUUGUCCUUGAAGUCAGUGAGACCAGUGACACAAAAAUGUAGUUCGGGUACUCAUGGGACUGUCCCUGUCGUCAGAAAGAAUUCAAUCUCCAGAGGAUUAAUAACUUAGUAAAACAAAAGCACAGGUUUGGUUUUACUCUAAAACAGCAUUUCUUUUCUCAAAAGCCUCAAAUCGAAGAGGAGCAGGACACCAGUGAUCUCCAGAAUGCUACUGAACUACACUGUGUGUAUUUCAUAGAAUUUAUAUUUUUAUACCUGUGGGACAUUUUAUGAAGCUGCUAUGUUGGAAUGUCCAACUCAGGUUCCCAGAGGCAUAAAAGGGUGUUAAAAAUCCUGAAAAUAUGGAAAGAAUCUUUAGGACACGUUAAAGAUACACAGCUGCUGGAAUGAGAACAUGAAAAGGGGAGACAGAAAGCAAAGCUAAAGAAACCUGGGGGACUUAGGAGCCAAAACCUCAAAAAAAGGUACAUUUCUGGUUGCCAAAGUCCUCCAUGAAAACAGACUCUGGGGCAUGGGAACACUUGAGCACUUUUGAACAUUCUGAAACAAUUCCUUCCUUCUUUCUUUGAGGCUGGUACAGCAACAGAAACGAAGCGUUAAGGGACGGAACGCGCUUAGGAAACCAGGAAAGACAAAGCUGGGGCCGUGCUGCUGCCAUCCAGAACUCCAAAAUAGGACUUCUUCCCCGUGAAAGCCUUUGAUUCCUUUCAGGGAAAAAAAUAGCCAAGUGGAAAUGAAAACUGCAAAGACAAGAAGCAGAGACCCACAAUGGGAAGAGAGGAAUUUUGCAGCUUAUUCCCAGCUGUCUCAUCCCUCAGAUACCCUUCACUUCCCCAGGAGCUGGAUGGCUGUGGAACAAGAAAACAUCUGAAGACAACUGUGCAGCAAGGUGGGGAGAUGGAGAACACAUUGAGUGCUUCCCACCUGGCACAGAGCACUCCACUGGGAGGAGAGAGGAAAUCCCCAGCUCUGGAUGUAUCCUCCAAAAUAAACCCCAGAACAAACACAGAUUAUCUUUCCCUUUGAAGCACCAAGGUCUUGUUCAAACAAAAACAGAGCACAGGAGCCUCCCACCAACAGUUGGCUUCAGAUUUAGUCCCAACCCAUCCAUCUCAGCAGAGCAAAACCUGCAUCCCUCCAGGAAACACCUUCUGCUCGGGGGGAGCUGAACAGUGGGAACAUUUGCUGGGUAUAACUGUUGACAUUUAAGUUUCAAAUGCAACAAGAAGCUUAAAUAACUUUUUGGUGAAUUUCUACUCCCUCACAGCCUUUUUUAUUUUCCACUGGUUUAAGAGGAAAUAAUUUUCCUUAUUUUUAUUUUCCAACUGGUUCUGUUGCUGAGAGUUCAAGUGGCAGAGCAAAGGAACUUUUUUGGGGAACUCUUUCCCUUGAUGUAAGUCAGCUCAUCUAUUUUCAAUGCUGUGGUAAAAUGGAAAUAUUGUUUAAAAGCUGCCAGACUGAGUGGUCUUAAAGGAAGGAGAGAAUUAAGCAGGUCAGAUGAUGGCAAGAGAAAGUUAUGCUGCAAAUGAACAGUGUGAGUAUGGAAAUCAAACUCUGGGAACCAGGAGUGUCCAGCUCUCAGCCCCAGUGUAGCAUCAACUCCUUUGUUGGUUCAGAACAAAUCACUUCAUGUAUCUCAGAUUUACCAUCUGUAACAGGGGACGUAAACACUUUCAUUGUACAAAGAACAAUGCUAUGAACAAUUAUGUCACUAAAGCACUUUAAAAGCCAAUUCUCAACUGUCUCAGUCUUUCCUCUCCUUAAGGCACCACUGUCACACCCUUCACCUCUGACUGGAAAGAUCAGCACCCCGAGUUCUGUCCUCCUCACACAUCAGUGACUGGAAGUGCUGCAGCAGGGCCAGAACUGUGGGGGGUUGAACCAGGAGCUGAGACCUUUCAGGUAAUUCCCACAUACUGCCCAGUAUUUUAACUUGACUGUUUUUGCAACCUGGUAGACUAACAGUGCCAACUGUAAAUAUAUUUUUACAGUCCCAAUCACCAGAGUAUCUGAGCCUCUCCAGCCUCAGUGCCUUGCAGAUUAUCCCCCUGGAAGGACAGUUUUUAUCCCCUCAAGCAAGCAGUGAGUCAUCAGUGGCCAUGCACAGAAGUCCAGGAGAGAGCAGGGCAGUGAAAUGAUGUCUCAGGAGCCCCAGGCUCGUCUGAACCAAGAGGCUGCUCAGUCCUUCCAGAGCUGCUGCUGCAUUUCCUUUCUUGGCUUCCUGUGCGGUUCCCUGGGUGUGAUUUCCCCAGAGCAGCACAGGCAGAACUCAAGGCUUACAAGCUACACCUCUUAUCCCAGGAUGCACCAAGGUGCCCAUAAAAGAAGUACCUUCAUUGUGCAAAAAUAACAAGACCAAGGGAAAUACGUUGGAAGGGUCAAACCCAGCUGUGCAAUGGGAGUCAGGGAAGUUUCCAAAUUUAAGGAAAGCUGUUUUGGGAUGUUAGUGCUAGUGGGAAAAAUAAAUCAAAUCGUAUCCAGUGCCUGUCCAGGAGGUGGUGUCCACCCUCCAAAGUUUAGAGAGUCCCUAAAAAAAUGCAUUUUCAGGCAGUGCCCUUGGAAAGCCAUUUCAAAAUCCUAAACCUCAGCGCUCUUCAUGACCCAAAUAUUGAACCUUUUGCCCUUUGUCUACAGCACAAGCAUGAGGAGGUGCCAUUCCAGUUUUAGAAGUUUUAAGUGCUACCACAACUCAAACAGAAGCUGCUGGAUGAGCCUGCAGGGAUGGUACCUGUUGUUCACUCUCCUGACAGUCCCACCCGCCUCAGAAGCAGCAGGGGAGGGGUGAUGGUUCUUUUCCAUGUUUUGGUAGUACAGGAGGGACUGGCUACUGCAGGAUCAGGAGAUACAAAGGGGAUGUAUGCACAGCUGACAGGGCCAUGGCUGAGCUGUCAGGCUUACUUAGAGUGGGCUCAAACUGGGACUUACUGGGAAUCUUGGCCUGAACCCCUCCUCCCUGAGCCUCCCGCUGAUUGUCACCUCAGGAAGCCCUGCCAGCCCCGAGCAGGCAGGAGAUAGAGCAGCAGCAGUGCCAGCACAGCACAACAAUGAGUGGAAUUUCCUCUUUCUGUCCGGGGAGAGCUGUUUGUCAUGGCAGAGAUAAAGCCCAGGCCGGGAGGAGGAGGGUUAUCGGGGACAGGCGGCACACGGGCCGGGCAGGACGGGCUCCAUGGGAAGUCUAUUUUGGGGCUGUCACCCCCACUGCCAUUAAAAGCAAGUUCAGUUAAGAGGAUGAAAAUAAAUUUAAUCUUGCUGAGCAGAAGUGGCUGGAGGGAACCACAGACCUGAUACUGGAAAACAAAGGCUUGUUCCUUCCCCCGUGACAGGGUUUCACUUUUCCAGCUCUGCUCAGGGCUCAGGGUUCUCCUCUCCCUGUCUGUCUAUCCAUCCUGCCAAAGUGGAACACAGAAUCCCAGGAUAUUCUCAGUUGGAAGGAACCCACAAGAAUCAUUGCGUCCAACUCCUGGCCCUGCACAGGCCCAUCCCUAAGAUGUUGUGGAGGCAACAGCCUGGUCCAAACCCUCCAAAGGUCUGGAGAGAAAGUCCUGCUCCUUCAGGAGAGGAAAUCAUACCAUGUACUUGCUGCUGGAUUAAGGCCUGAAGGAUUUUGCUGUGAAAGCCAAGCAACCAGGCUUGGGAAUAACGUGUCUGCACUGAGCUUAAUUUAUCUUCUCAUUUCACAAACAACAUGUUUCUUCUACUGUAUUUAUUUUAAACAUUCAUUCAAGCUGUGCAUAAUAUUUCAAUCAUUUUGAAAUAGAUUUACCCUCCUGCUGGCAAAUGAAUAAGGCAUCCUGCUGACUGCUGGGGGAAGGGCCAUGAAUUAAAAUAAAUGCUUUUAGUACACUGACAUAUGCUGGGUACUGUCUCCACACACACUAUGGUAGUAACUGGUGAAAAGGGACAUCAUAAUAAUAAUAAUAAUAAUAAUAAUAAUAAUAAUAAUAAUAAUAUAAUAGUAAAUAACAACAACAACAACAAUAACAACAAACCCUGGCACACUGUUUAGAUGCUCAUCUUGACUUGCAGUGCUGGAAUGUGGCAGAUCACUGCUAAUGCACUGCCACAGCCUGCCUUGAUAACUCCUGCCUGGAUCACUCCUACCUGUACCCAAUUCCUUGGAAACUCUGCUGCUCACCCAGAAACAAGUUCUCAGUGAGAGCAGCCGAGGUGUCACAUCCCCUUCCCUCUCCUGUGCUUACAAUCAUGGGAAUUCCAAUGGGAACAGCCUUUAUUUCCCCUUCAGUUUGCUCCCUCAACCCACCCCUGCCCUGAACCACCAUCCUGGGGUGGCCUAGUUCCUGUUCCCCACACAGGAGAAACCACACCACAAUGCCAGGAAUGGGAGCAGAGAGGGAAGCUGAGCAAGUUCCUGAAUCUGUGCUCCUGCCUGCAGCCCGGGGAACCUCUGACAGCACCAGCCCUGGCCCGAAAUUGCAUUUAACCCUGUGAUGGUGUCACUGGAACAGUGAGGAAGGCUAAAGCUCUCUCCAAGGCUGCUUGAAUACACACCAAAAAAUACCUCCUGAGGUCAAGUUGACAUUCCUGAGGUGGAAGCAUCUGCCUGGGGAGACUUACACUUGAACAAACUCCUGCUGCAUAAGACAGGCAGAAAUUCCCCCUGCUCAGAGGAGGUGGCCAAGGAAGGGAAGGCUGGAGAUGAGACUUUGUGGCUCCUUUUUUACACUGCUGUCAAAUUUAAGCACAGAAAGCAUCGAGGGGCACAGGAGGGGCAGGAACUGAGCUCUGCUCUGUGUGACCAGGGACAGCACCCAGGGAAGGGCUGGAGC